AUGCAAGUCAUCCCUGAACUUAUUGUGGUGAAAAUGACCUCCCGGGAAAAAAGAAGCCUGUACCGCGGGAUUUCGGAGAUGAUAAUUUGGGUGGUCGGGGGACGUCUGGGUGUUGGGGACGUGGUAAGCAAACUAGGGAAAUACCAGUGGGUAGGGAAGGCAAGAAAGGGCUUAGACCCGAAGGAAGGGGGGGAGGGGGGAGGAUUCCUGGUCAAGGAACACUUGCUUGGCGUGGUGGAAGUAGUGGUGAAAACGGAGUUCGAGGAAAGCCUAUGGCUUAAGAUACCUGGGGGGCGGGGUGAGAAAGAUUGGUUUGUAGGGAACGUAUACGUCCCACCGUCGUCGAAGAAAGUCGCAAGCAAGGCGCAGGAGAACUUUGGACAAAUUGGGGAAGAUGUCCAGAGGUUCAGUAGGAAGGGAGAAGUUGUCAUGGUGGGCGAUUUCAACUCCAGAGUAGGGAAAGCUUCCAGUAGAGGACAGGCGAUCGGGCAGCACGGAGAAGACAAAGUGAAUGACAACGGAGUGAGGAUGCUUGAAUUCUUGGGAAGCAACGAGCUGAUGGAAUUGAAGGGUAGGAGGGAAUGCGAUAAGCCGGAGUUUACCGGGCAACGGGCAGUUUGCAAUGAAUAUUCAAUCCUCGACUACAUCCUGCUAGAUAGGGGGAGCGCACAGAUCCCAGAGCUGCACGUGAGUGUGAUUGAUAUAGGUUCGACCGACCACUUCCUCAUAUGGGCAAACAUCGACCGAUCUAGAAAGAUGGACAGUAAGAAACAGAGGAAAGUGUUCCAGUGGAAAAUAGAGCGUUUGGGAGACGAGGGGACGCGGGAUGACUUCCAGAAGGGACUGGCUGGUAGUGUAGAACCCUUCAGGAAACUGCUGAGAAGCGUCGAAGACGGACAGGUAGACGUACAAGCAGCAGGGGACAGGGUGAAUAAAGGGUGGGAGUCCAUAUUGAACACAACGGCUGAGACAGUAAUGGGAAAGCAGGUGGUACGAUGUGGGGUAUCGGUUAAGUGGUGGGAUGAGGAGCUGAAAGAAGAAAUAGGGGAACGUCGAGAAGUCUUCAAGCAGUACCUGAGUGAGGCGUCUGAGGAGAGUUGGGAAAAGUACAGGGCCAAGAGAAAAAACAGGUGAAGGGACUAGUGAAAAAGAAGAAAAGGUGUUUUUGGGACGAAGUAGUGCAGAAGGCCAACGGAGGCCUGGAGGGGAACGUCAAGCAGAUGUGGCAAGGGAUUAGUGGAGUGGUAAAAAAGACCGCGCAAGGGGGGGACAAAGGGGUAGCAACUUCGCGAGGUGUGAACGGUGGACUAGUCGGCAGUGCGAAUGGAAAAAAGGAAGUUCUAGCAGGACACUACAAAAGCUUGGAGUGCCCUCGGAGAAUGAAGCUCUUGAAAAAGUGUUUUAAGAAAGAGGUGGACGCACGGGCCCAGAAAGCAGAAGAGACAUUGAAGGCAGACGUUGGGAACGUUUAGAACUAGAAAAGGAGUUCACUGAGGACGAGGUUGAGGCGUGUGUGACCAAGCUGAAGUGCCACAAAGCAGCAGGAGCG